AUUGGGAGAUUUAUUUGAGUCACCGUUUUGCCUUGUUUACAUUUAAUGUAAUUUGUGCCAGAUAAAUCUCAUUUGAUUUUACUCAAGUCAAGUGGCACGAUGUGCUUUUGUUGUUCACUUAGUCUGCAGUUUGUGCGCGCUAUAGUUUAGUUAUAUUAUCCAAUAAGCAAGCAAUUAACCCACUAAAAUGUCUGAUCGUCGUGGCACAAAAGUUGGAACUGGUACGAAGGCUUUGGAGUACUGGUGCCGAGUUGUGACCCAUGGAUAUAAUGGGGUCAAGGUGGAGAACAUGACCACUUCCUGGCGAAAUGGACUUGCCUUUUGCGCCAUAAUACACCACUUUCGGCCUGACCUUAUAGACUUUGACCGACUUAAAGCAGACGAUAUCUAUGAGAACAACGAUUUGGCCUUUACAACGGCCGAGAAAUAUUUGGGAAUUCCCGCACUGCUCGAUGCAGCUGACAUGGUUUCGUAUGAAGUACCUGAUAGACUCUCCAUACUAACGUAUUUAUCCCAGUUUUACAAGGUGCUCGGCAAGAGCCUGAAGCACCCGAAGCCAGAGGAGCCGCUUGGCGAAGAGAGUGAGCCACCGCAAAAAGUGAUGCACAUUGUUGGAAUGCCCCGCCGUGAUAAGUGCCAGAAAUGCGAGCUUCCGGUUUUUCUCGCCGAAAGGGUCCUCGUCGGAAAACGGGCUUAUCAUCGCACAUGCUUGAAAUGUGCAAGAUGUUCUUCAUUACUCACACCCGGGAGUUUUUAUGAAACGGAGGUCAAUAAUAUAUACUGUUGCGAGACUUGCCCCGAUGAAGAAAGUGAACCGGAAUCUGACAUUUUAAAGUUAAAGACAACCACUACUGAUUCUCCGAAUGAUAAACAAAUGGUGGCACAAAGUUCUGAUUACUCUGAAGCUGAAGAUAAACAAGAAGACCUGGAAGAUAACGAUAUACGUACUACUGAUAAGCCUGAAAACAUCCAACCGCCGUCCAACGAAGAUGAACAAAAUAAUGAACUAACUAUUAAUCCGGUAAAGCCUAUAUUAACAGAAGAACCUAAAAUCUCUUCUAUUCCACUAGACGAAGAAGAUGGUGGCCUUAUUGAACAAAAUAAUGAAUCAACAACUCCUGUGAAACCCGCUAUACCAGAGAAACCAAAAGUCCCUACUCUUUCACUAGACGAAGAACAACAUGCUGGCUUUGAACAAAACAAUGACUUGGCGGUUAGUCCGGAAAAGAACAUUCCAAAAGAGAAACUUAAGAUUUCAUCGGUCUCAAUAUAUCUUGAAGUUGACCGCCUUGGUGGUGAUGCAAUACAUCCGGAUAAUUUAGAUAAACAAGAAGCUAUUAGUUUGAACAAUACAUUAGAUUCACUCAUUCCAGAAUCACAGGAAGCACCGAUUCCUGAAAAUAACACUCAAGUAGCCAUUAAACCAGAAGACAAUAUAAGCCCGCGUACAGAAAAUAAAAUUUUCUCAAACACAGAAAGCUGCUCUAAGCAGGAAGGUGAUAUUACAAAACAAAUGGAUCUCGAGUCUCCCAAGGACAAGGUAAUUGAGACAAAAGCAUCUGAAACUGACUAUCCAGAGGAUCUAAAUCCCUUUAAAGAUGAUGACUCAUCUAAAGGUGCAAACCCAUUCGACAGCUCUGAUGAUGAAGUGGAGCUUCUUAAAGCCAUUCCAGCCCAACAAAGCAAAGGAAAAGUUGUACCGCCCCGUCCACCGCCACCUAAAAUUGGCCUAUCAUCCAUCUCCAAGCCGUCAGAGAAACCACAUUCCAGCCCUACACUUUCGCAAGGGAAAAAAAUGCCGAUGCCAACACCGAGAAUAUCUAUAUCAAAACCCCAGACUCCAGCAAAACCGCUUCAAGACCAGAAAAGUAGUAUUUCCUCUUCGUCUUCGGAGCAUUUUAAUAGCAUGAGAACGUUCGAUCGUGGAGCAGAUGACCGUGGCUCAAGCAUCUCCUUGCCAUCUGCAAAUGGACCUCGCAAGCCACUUCGCGCCUCAGUGGGGAGUCCGCUUCGAAGCGAAGAAUCGAGUCCCACCACCAGUCUUAGCUCUAUUACCUCUCCGAUGCGGAAGAAGCGCCAGGCACCUUUGCCCCCAAUACAGACGGACUUUGAGAGUGAUCCUGGAUUUUCAAAGUUAUCCGACGAACAAAAGGCAUUGUUGCACACUCAGCUUAAGGCCCCAAGUCUGGGUGAUUCAACCAGAAGACUAAUACCACUUGACCAGAGUCUGCUAUCCGAUGAGGCAACCGAGUCGAGUAACUACGACGAGAGCUUAAGUACAUCCAAUGCCGACGAGGAGGUAAAUGUGGUAUACCGACGCAUUUUGGUGCCGCCAACUCAGCCCGAAAACACUAUUGAACAUAGCAAGGAGGAUCAAAAGUCGCCUAUCGUGUAUAACGACUUCGAUAGAAACGUAAGCCCAUUGGGGCACAAUAAAUCCACUCAUGGGAAAUGGAAGAGGCGAAAGGGACCAGCACCAGCGGUUCCAAUACCACCGCGCAAAGUCUUACAAAGGCUGCCGCUGCAAGAAAUUCGCCACGAGUUCGAAAUUAUUGCCGUACAACAGCUGGGUCUGGAGAAACAAGGAGUUAUUCUGGAGAAAAUGAUCAGGGAUCGCUGUGAGCGUUCCUUAGAUGCCACCGAAGCUGAUGGUCCCGAAUCAGCAGAAGUGCUAACCAACUCAAAGGAAGUGGAAGAUCUUAUAUUGCAACUGUUCGAGCUGGUCAACGAGAAAAACGAAUUGUUUCGCAGACAAGCGGAGCUGAUGUACCUUCGACGUCAGCAUCGCCUGGAGCAGGAGCAGGCGGACAUAGAGCAUGAGAUACGAGUAUUAAUGGGGCAACCGGAGCACAACAAAACCGAUUCGGAUAAAGCCCAUGAGGAAGUAUUAAUCAAUCGCCUUGUGAAGGUGGUUGAAAUGCGUAACGAAGUAAUUGAUAGCCUAGAGACUGACCGAGUUCGCGAGGCGCGAGAGGAUAUGAGCAUCAAGAAUCGACUUCAUAUCUACAAUUCUGAGCGCGAGGAACCACCAGCACAUCCGAGAAGCGCUGACAAAUCAUCCAAAAAGCUGUCCAAAAAGGAACGAAAAAAACUUAAGGAGGAAAAUAAGCUGGGCAAGGGCAAAAAGUCGGACCUCGACAAGGACGUCGAUGAGUCCGAACAGGCACCAGCUUUGGAAAAGGUUAAAAAGAAGCGAAACUUGUUCUUUAUGAAAAUGUAGUAGUAGUAGGUGGAGUUGAUGUUUUUUUGCGUCGAACAAUUGAAAUUUAUUUUAUAUAAAUUUGUAACCCUAUUCUAUUGCCAUACGUGAGCAUUUCAAUAAAUAAAGUAUAUAUUUUCCUUUA